AUGUCAUCUCAGUCAUCGCUUUCAGAUUCUGAAGAAGAAGAAUUGUUAUUGUUGGUGUCAGUACUAAAGAGAAAGCGUAGAAUCUGGGUGCAUGAAAUAAAUCAGAAACGACGGAAACUUGGAGAAAAUAAACUGUGCUUAGAACUUCAAUCACAUGAAGAUCGUUUCUGUACCUAUUUCAGAAUGAAGCCUAUUAAAAAGAAAAAUACAAACUACAGAGAGGCUAUUCCAACAAAAGAAAGACUGGCACUUUGUUUAAGUGACAACGACCAGUUUGCAGUGUUAACAGAUACAACAACACUUCCUCUAUCGAAGAUCAUAAAAGAUCGGGGCGGCCACGUGCUGUUAGAACUACGAAGGCUGUUAAUGCUGUUAGAGCCAGAAUUCGUCGAAAUCCUAUUAGGAAGCAAAAAAUGUUAUCGCGAGAAAUGGAGAUUCCCGUUAUGA